UGUACUAUCAAAAGGAUAAUUUUGAAAAAUCAACCUUUUUCAAAUGCAAUAAUUGUACUACCAAAAAAAGUUGGAUUCCCCAAAAGGGACCAUUAUUUUGGGACGGAGGGAGUAUUAAAUUGUGACACUUUAACUUCUGAACUUUUAGUCAAGUACCCUUAUGUUACUUCCACUGGCUCUUUAACAGAAGUUAGUCACAUAAUGAGUAUGUGGCCACUAAAUAGGGGAAGGUCGGAAAUAAUUUCCCGCCAAUACAGCUUGUGAUUGUUCCAAAAUUUCUAUCAAUUUAGGGCUAAACCAAAAUGCAGAUGGUGAACUAUUACGGUUAUGCAAAAAACGAGUCACGAAUUGAAGGGAAAGGAAGACAGAGGUGCGCAUCCAUCAGGUAAAGUAUAACUUCGCAAUAUUUUAUAACAAUUGUUUGUCUUUGUUUGUGUGUGGGGGGUUUUUACAACGAUUUAUUGAUUUAUCAUUUUGUUUGUUUGUUUGUUUGUUUGAUUCUGUGUGUGGGUUUCUAGAACAAUUUCUUGGAUCAAGUGUAACUUUUGUUCAAUUUUUUUAUUUACUACUUUAUUGGUUGAAAAAAAAUGUGGUCCCCGAGUGUCUUGGCUAGUCUUUGUCUUUUUGUAUUAACACUUGUAUUGUGUUUGGUUCAUGGAUUUGUAUAGAAAUUUGAAAAGGAAAAGGGAAAAAUAUGAUGAAAUUUGAAUGAAAUAUAUCUACAUUUCAAAUACAUUUUCCCUUCCAUUUUCUUGAUCCCUACCCAAAUCAAUAAACCAAUUACACUUUUAGUUCACAGUGGACAUUUGUGGACUUUUUGUGGUCCUAAACUCAUUUGUUUAUGAAUUGUUUAAUUAAAAUGGUUGAAUAAAAUUUAUUUAUGACUUUGUGGUCUCUAAACUGUUUUCUACAGGGGAUGGUUAAUGUUUUACUAUUAAGAUUCACCAUGGGGGUGACUUUGUUUACUCUCCAAGAAAGAUGUACAUUGGUGGAAACAUUACUUUAGUUGAAAAUUGUGAUCCUGCUAAAUUUUCUUUACUUGACUUUAAUGCUAAUGUGAAGAAAUUUGGGAAUGAUGGUUUAAUUAUUUACUUUUACAGAAUCCAUGGGAUGGACUUUGAUAAUGGUUUAAGGUUGCUAGCAACUGAUGCUAAUUUGGUUGAAAUGAUUGCUCAAAUGCCUCCUAGUAGAGCCAUUGAAGUGUACUUAGAAAAUGUUCCAGUAAUGGAUUGUUGGGACAACCAAGUGGAGUCAUGUGAUGUUUCUGGGAGUAGUCAACCUAGAGAAGUGAUUAGUCAAAUUGAAAGUGAUCAUAGGGGGGAAUUAAUUGCUGAUAAUGUUGAUGUUUCUGUAGAUAAGAGUCAUGACGUUCAGGUUGAAAAUGAUGGUGAUGACAGUGACAUUGAAAAUGACAGUGAGGAUGUAGACUUCUAUGAUAGUGAUUAUGCAGUGAGUGAAGAUGAUCUGUUGUUUUAAAACAAUGUUGACAAAGGUGUUGAGUGGGUUGGGAGCUGUAGAGGGAACACAAAUGACUAAGCAGAUGAGUAUAAUAUGGGUUUACAAACAUUGAACUAGAGGGUGUAGAGCUUGAGCAAGAUGGUGGAUCAUCUGAUGAGCUCCAAAGCAUUUAUGACUCAAGUGAUGAGGAUAGAAGAGGUCCAAAGCAUCCAGAGUUUAAUCCUGACACUGGCAUGACCAAUGUUGAAUUUAAAGUGGGCAUGUUAUUUGGUUCGGCAACAGAAUUUAGGGCUACAGUGAGAGAGUAUGCAAUAAAGAAUGGUAAGAAUGUAAAGUUUGUCAAUAAUGAGAAAACAAGGGUAAGGGCAGUGUGUAGAGUGGGAUGCAGAUGGAUCAUAUUUGCUUCUAAUAUGCAGAACCAGAACACUUUGCAAGUGAAGACAUAUAGCAAAGAACAUAAUUGUGGAAUGGUGUUUCAGAACAGGCAUGUUAACUUUAGGUGGCUGUCAAAAAAGUAUAUGGAUAGCAUUAGGGGAACCCUAAACUCUCAAUUGAAUCUUUUCAAGCACAAGUUCAGGAGGAUUAUGUGGUUGGAGCAUUUAGGAGUCAGUUAUACAGGGCCAAGAGAAAGGCUUUAACCAUCAUACAGGUUACUAACAUUGAACAAUAUAAUCAACUUUGGGAUUACUGUGAAGAGUUGAGGAAAACAAAUCCAGACACAACCAUCAUCAUGAAGUCAACUCCUCAUGAAACAUUGUUGGGUAUACCUCCUUAGUGGAGCAUGGGACCCAAUUAGUUUAUUAAAAAUAUGUAAUUGGUUUGAUGUUGGUUAUAAUAUAUAUUUUUGUAUAUUAUAUCUGACUUCUGAAAGUCCAAUAGGUAUUUAAUAAUCUGUUUGGUAACAACUAGGGUUUUGAUAAAAAGCCCAAGAGUCAACAAUAAAAUUUUUGGUAUUGUCUUUGUUUUUCCGAAGAGUGUGCAGCAGGUAAUUGAUCAUAUAUUCGGUGGAUGUGUGCUUGGUGUUGCUAAGCUUGGUGCUCUGUGUAUUUUCAAUUGGUGGCUAAUAUUGGUCCAAAGCUUUGUGCUUUGUUUGUUGCUAUUUUGCUUGGAAGUUUUGGUUCUAUUUCGGCCUUCCUUCAAAGCAUCGUUUGGUUCGUUAUUUUGGAUAUUCUUCAACUUUGUUUCGAAGAUAAUUUGUUUGUCUAUUUGGUGAGGUAUUUCCUCUUAUUAUUUGUAAUAAUUUAGAAAAUUUAGAAUUCACCUGAGGGUGGUUUGUGAGACCAUUUAUGUCUCGUUUGUAAUUAUUUGAAAACUCUUGGUUAAUAGUGGAAUCGGAUUUCGUUCCCGUGGACAUGCCUCACAUUGAGGAAACCACAUAAAAAUUCUUGUAUUGUCGUUGAUUUAAUCUUUUCACAUUAUAUUUUCUUUCCAUCAAUUUAUUUACUUGUGGAAGAUCAUCUAUUUUCCCUAACACACCCUAAGGACCCUACUAAUCAAUUUACCUUUGAGAGACGGUACAUUUGCCUUGGAGCUUGCAAGAGGGCUUUGUGACAGGGUGUAGGCCACUGAUUGGUCUAGAUGGAUGCCAUUUGAAAGGUGGACAAACUGGACAGUUAUUAUGUGCAAUAGGAAUUGAUGCCAAUAACCAAAUGUUCCUAGUAGCAUAUGCAGUGGUGGAGGGUGAAACAAAGAGCUCUUAGUUGUGGUUCAUUCAAUUGCUCAUAGAAGACAUUGGCAUAGAGACAAAAGGUAUGUACUAUAUCAGAUGAACCUACCAAACCUGCCAAAGUCACAAGGCAGAAUACAACAGUAAAGUGUGGUAAUUGUGGAACAUAGGGCCAUAACUAUAGGAGCUGCAAGAAUCCACCAAACAAGGAGUACCAACAAAAAAAUAAACCAAGAUGGAAGAGCUUAGGCUAUAAAAGGAAAAGGGCUGGAUCAACAUCAUCCCAAGCAUCAGCACCAAUGGCAACACAAAGUGCAACCCAAACACCAAUACCAAUGGCAACACCAAAUCCAGCUUCAGCCAUUCCAAGGGCAACUUCAGCAAUUCCAAGGGCACCAAAUCCAUCUGCAUCAAGGGCAAAUUCUCAAACACAAAGGGAAACUUCAGCAACAAAGGCAACUUCAACAUCAAGGGCAACAAUAGCAGUAGGAACAAGGACAACAGCAACAGCAACUAGAAAUGCGACAAUAAUUACAAAGUCAGCAUCAUCACAAGCAUCUGAAGCAUCAAGGGGAGCAACAUCAACACCAACAACAGCCUCAUGUACCUGGAGAGGGAGGAAUGUUGUGACCUUGUCCUCACUUCAUAAUGCAUCUGCCUCUAAGGAGAAGAACCCAAAGUAGUGGUGUUGUUUAUUUUGAUUAUCAAACUCUUUUGACAAUGUGGCAUGUUUUGUUUAUGUAGUCAUGGAUACUACCAGCAUGUUUGCAUCAUGAAUAUGUGGCCAUUUUGAUUUGGUGGAUACCAGCAAUAUAUUUUAUGAAAUGAAUUGUGGCCAUUUUGCAUA